AUGCAACGUAAUUGGAAUAUUUGGAUUAAUCAACCUCUUAUGCACAGAAUACAUUGGUCUCACUGCCUGCUGCAAUGCACUUGGAUACUCGUUUCUUCCGAUUGUGCUCUUCUCUUGGAGCAACCUGUUUCUCUUCUUCGUCCCCCAAACCAUUUCAAUUGUUUUGGGCGUCAUUGCAACAGUUUGGGCCACAUUUGUAUCGACCCAGCUUCUGAGCCACAAGUUGGGCACGUACGAUAA